UCCGAGAUCACCCACCUCGCUUCGCGCAAGCUGGCCGCCGCGCCGGGCCACACGUGGCAGCCGACGCAGAUGUGCUCCAUCAACGAGCGCGAGGCGACCCGGCUGCUGCGCGAGCUCGACUCGGAGCAGAUCGUCUCGAUCAACCGGACGCGCCUCUGCCGCGUCUACCCGCACUACUCGCGCUACGCGAGCGACAAUGUCGAGCCGGAGCUCUUCGCCAACCUGUCCGCCUCCGGCUUCCAGAUGGUCGCCCUCAACCUUCAGACCCCCGACGACGCCUUCGUCUACGCCUCCGCGCUCUUCAGCCAGAAUGGCGGCUGCGGCUACCUGCUCGCUCCGCCGCGCUCCACCGGCCUCGCGCUGCGCGUCUCGCUGCUCUCGGCGCGCCACGUGCCAAAGGUUGGCGAGGGGCGCGUGGCCGAGCCGCCUCCUCCGUGGCACGGCAGCGUGCCGCGGCUCGACACAAAGAGCGAGCCGCCCUCCGGCGCCACGGAGGCUGCGGACGUGUACGUCACGAUGCAGGUCAUCGGGCCGGGCUUCUGCUGCGCCGUCAACCGCAGCGUCGCCGAGGGGCCGGGCGAGGCGGCCGACACCGACGCCGUCGCGAGGCUGAGGGGCCUGCAGCGGUGCGUGUGGCGCUCCUCGACCGUGCUCGGCAACGGCUUCAACGCCGAGUGGGGUGUCGCGCACGCGGAUGAGGAGGGGCGCGCGGGCGCGGGCGGCGCGCCGCGCGCUGCCGCGGCCGAGGAGGCCGAGGUGCUCGCGUCUCGGCCCGAGCUGUCCGUGCUGCGUGUGUGCGUGUGGUCCGCGUCGUCGGCGCCCCUCAGCGCCUCCAACGGAGUGCCGGCCGAGUGGCUCGCGCCGUCGACCCUGCCGAGCCUUAAGGAGGUGACGCAGAGCUCGGACACGCUGCUGGCGUACGCCGCCGUGCCGCUGCUCUCGCUGCGCGGCGGCGUGCGCGCCCUGAAGAUGAUGCACCCGAGGGGCGAGCCGAUCGAGCUGUGCUCCGUCCUCUGCGACAUCUCCCUCGCCGACGACGCCGUCCCCUUUGACGACCUCUCGGGGGCGGGGUCGACCCCGCCGAGCGCGCUCGUCCCGGCGCGAAGUGGCAAAUCGCUCCUGCGCAAGUUCAUCAUGCGCAGGGGCACAUCGUCAUCCACGUUAUCGUCCUGCUCCGGUGGAGCAGCGGUCGCUCCUGCCGCCGAGGCUUGAGCUUGUCUGUAGUCUACGUAUCCGACUCUCCUACAUAUUUCGGGUUCGCAUGGUGUGUGUGUGUGAUAGAAAAUAACAUUAGGUCUCUAAACUGCCGAGAUCUCGCGAUGUCUCACAUUGAGCUGCAUAUUUCGAGCAUCGAGGUGGGCCCCGCGGUAACUGGCAAGGUGGAGGCAUUCCGUUCCGUCCGCCGCCUCCGUACUAGCUGGUGCGGCUGUCGUGGGAGUGGGUUUCUGUGCGGUGUGCGCAGAGUGCCGUUGGCGCGGGCAGCGGGGGCACGAUACGUAACGUGUCAUCGGUCUCUUUGUGUUGUCGUCUUGUGUCUGUACAUGCCGUGAAAGAAUAUGUCCAAUUU